CUCUUUCUCAGAGAAGGUCUAGCUGGCAACUUUAGAUACGCCUGCUUAAGUCACUGCUGGGGUGCUACAGGCCUCAAGUGCAAAUUGGUGAAAGGGAAUAAGAUCAACCUCUGCCAGGGAUUUGGGAUAGAGAGUUUGCCAAACACGUUUCGAGACGCAGUGCAGAUUUGCUUGCGGCUUAGUAUACGGUUCCUGUGGAUCGAUGCACUAUGUAUUGUGCAAGACGACAUCAACGACUGGAAUCAGACUGCGGCAGCCAUGGCGGAUAUUUACCGCCAAGCAUACAUUACUAUCGCUGCAACUGCGUCCCAAAAUAGCAGUGAAGGAUGUUUCCGAUCUGCCCCUCCUGGUGCUAUUGGGCAAAAUCUACGAAAUACGCCAGGCCUGGCGGUCCGCGAGAUGAGAUGGCCUGAUAAUCCCUUGAGGGAUGAGAUUUUCUUGACUACGGACCAUCCUCUACUUCGGCGUGCUUGGGUCUUCCAAGAGAGACGAAUGUCGCCCCGCAUGGUACAUUUUACAAACACACAGCUUGUGUGGGAGUGUGGCAGAUACGUCAAGGGUGAAGAUGGUGCCAUCAUCAGAAAACAGUCAGAUCAGGGUUGCUCUCAAGUUCUCAACGCUGAUGAGCCUACAUCACAUAUACGUGCCUGGCACGAAACGUUGUACGAGUAUACGUGCAUGAGGCUGACACUGGAACAAGAUAGACUCCCUGCUAUUGCAGCUGUUGUUGUAGAGGAAGGCAAAAGGCGUCGUGCAGACACAUACAUUGCUGGGAUGUGGAUAGGAUCUCUUCUAGACGAUAUCUUGUGGCGUCGCUUUUCAGACACGCGUGGUAUUAUCUCAGACGCAGGAUCGCGACCAAAGCAACUCGCCCCGUCUUGGUCUUGGGCUUCAAUCAGAGGACCGGUUUGGUUCAAUCAUGAAGUCCCUUUGGCAAGCGUACAGGUCGUCAACUUCUCCUUCACGCAUAGUGGCCCGCCACAGAUGGGAGGCUACAAAGAAGCCAGUAUUACUUUAAGAGGCCCUUACACAAACGCCACA